CUCGUCUUCCCUCCAGCUGAUCUUCCAAACUUGGUCAUGUUCUUCGUUCUGCAGCAAAACACUCCUGAGCUUUAAACAACAUCAAUCUCUCUCUCGCUCUCUCUCUCACACACACACACACACACACACACACACACACACCCACACACACACAGUCUGCUCUGGUCUCUACUCCGUUUCUAUUUUAGCUCGACUCUCUCAGACGACAGUCAUGGCUCGCUGGAGGAGUUACUUACGAGGACUCGCCAUCUGUGUCACUGUGCUGCUUCUGGUGUCUGGUGUGGUGAUGAUUGGCGUCGGAUUUUCCUCCAUCGACGGCAACACACCGGUUGCUCAGCUGUUUGAGCAGUUGUCCAGCAGCGAUGGCUUACUGGUCCUGCAGGUGUUCGGGCCCAUCACUGUGGUUCUGUCUGUUCUGGGUAUCUGUGCUGCGUCUUUCGACCUCAAACCUCUGCUGAUGCUGUUCUCUGCUCUGAUAUUCGUGGAGUUUGUGGCUGUGAUGGUUGUUGCCUCUCCGCUGGUUCAGGUUCAAGCUCAGAUGAGCGGUGCGGUGGACGAGGUGUUCCUGAACGUCACUCCGCUCCACAGAGCAGAGCUUUACAUCCAGAAUGAACUCAACAAGCUCCAGGCCUCCGACUCGUGCUGUGGUUUGAGGAGUUUUAAGGAUUGGGAAAAUCAACUUCCUGUCACCUGUUUCUGCACACGUCCCGCCUCCGCCCUGCUGCCCAGCUCUCCGUCCGGUAACGUCAGCUCGGAGGAGCUCUGUGUGAUGGUGGGCCGUGAGCCUCCGACCUCACAGGUCUCAGAUAAACUGUGGGUUCACUCCGAGCCCUGUGGUCCCAUCCUGAAGAGCUACCUGAGCUUCCCCAUCAAGCUCAGGAUAGGAAUCAUUUCAGCCUUCGCCACCAUCACGAUGGCGGCCAUCGCUCUGUGUCUGACGUUGGGUCUGGAGGAAUACUGGAAGACGCCUCCGGUAGAAACCACGGUGGACGACUUCAACAGAGUGAAAUACCAACCCAAGCCCUCCCUCACCUGACCUCUGACCCCCCUCACCCAAAACCUAAAGAUCAUUCAAACUGCUCAAUAAAUCUCUGAGGAGCAUAUUUAUAUUUGACCGAACACCAGUGUUAAGAAGAGAUGAAACUAUUUGUCAUGACGUUUAUGAAUCUAAAUAAAGAAGGAGCGGCAGCUGCUUGUGACUGAACGUUCGGCUCUGCGUUAUAAAUAAAGUUUAUUUUAU